GUAGGAUAUGCCUUUGUGAGAUACUUCAUGAUGUAGCAAAAUUGUAAGGAAUCCACAGCGGUAAACGUGGUUAGCUAGGAGCUACAAGAAAAACAGCGCCAGUGGGCAUUGGGUGUGGCAACUAUCUCUCUUUAGUCUCAAACAGAGCCUUAUCACAACAAUCACCGGCUCUUUCAACAUUAUUUUGUACUAAAAAACAGUGCUAAUUUUAGUUUUAAUGGCAUUUGGUGCUCUAUCUAUCAUACCUAGGUUUCAACAUUUUCCAUCUUCUUUAACUAAGAUUGUCCCUCCAAAAACCUCCAUUUUUGCGCAAGUUUCCAACGGUCGUCCACCUUCCACCAACACUCCUCCUCCUUCAAUCCCAGCCAGAUCUGAGGCAGAUGUGGUGGUCAUUGGCAGUGGCAUUGGAGGACUAUGUUGUGCAGGACUUCUAGCAAGAUAUGAGCAAGAUGUGCUCGUGUUAGAAAGUCAUGAUCAACCAGGAGGUGCUGCUCAUGCAUUUGAAGUUAAAGGCUUUACGUUUGACUCUGGACCAUCUCUAUUUUCUGGAUUUCAAUCACGAGGUCUCCAAGCAAAUCCCCUUGCACAAGUGUUGGAUGCCCUUGGUGAAACUAUUCCCUGUGCCAAGUAUGAUUCAUGGAUGGUUUAUGCUCCUGAAGCAGAGUUUUUAUCUCGCAUUGGGCCCACAGAAUUUCUUAAGGAUCUUGAGAAGUAUGUUGGUGCGAAUGCAGUCCAGGAGUGGAAAAAGCUUCUUGAUGCCAUACUACCUCUAUCUGCAGCAGCAAUGGCUCUCCCGCCCUUGUCUAUUAGGGGUGAUUUAGGUGUCGUUUCCACUGCUGGAGCUAGGUAUGCUCCUUCUUUAUUGAAGUCUUUUGCAGAGAUGGGACCUCAAGGAGCUUUUGGUGCUACAAAGCUUCUCCGGCCUUUUUCUGAUAUAGUUGAUUCACUUGGGCUGAAAGAUCCUUUUGUGCGGAAUUGGGUGGACCUUCUGGCUUUCCUCCUGGCAGGUGUCAAAUCUAAUGGUAUACUCUCAGCAGAGAUGAUUUACAUGUUUGCAGAGUGGUACAAACCAGGAUGUGUUCUGGAGUACCCUUUGCACGGUAGUGGAGCAAUUAUUGAGGCCUUGGUUCGUGGAAUUCAAAAGCAUGGUGGUAGGAUCUCCCUUCGGUCCCAUGUUGAGAAAAUUGUCGUUGAAAAUGGACGAGCAGUCGGUGUUAGACUCAGAAGUGGUCAAUUUAUACGAGCAAAGAAGGCAGUUGUCAGCAAUGCUUCAAUGUGGGACACCUUGGAUAUGUUACCUGGUGAAUCUGUACCGAAGGCAUAUCAGGAUAGAAUUAAAUCAACUCCACAAUGUGAAUCUUUCAUGCAUCUGCAUUUGGGUUUUGAUGCAGAGGGAUUGCAAGAAGACCUAGGUAUCCACCAUAUUGUUGUGAAUGAUUGGAAGAGAGGAGUGGAUGCAGAUCAGAAUGUAGUUUUGAUAUCAGUUCCCAGUGUUCUGAGUCCAGAUUUGGCUCCCCCUGGUAAGCAUGUACUACAUGCAUACACGCCAGGAACAGAACCAUUUGACUUAUGGAAAGGGCUUGAUCGUAGAAGUGAUGAAUACAAAAAGCUCAAGGCGGAAAGAGCGGAGGUGAUGUGGAAGGCAGUAGAGAGAGCACUUGGUACAGGCUUUAGCAGGGAAAAAUGUGAAGUCCAAAUGGUUGGGACUCCAUUAACACAUCAAAGAUUUCUUCGAAGAAAUAGAGGAACGUAUGGACCAGCUAUUCAAGCCAGUAAAGGUUCUUUUCCUGGACAUUCAACUCCUAUCCCACAACUAUAUUGCUGUGGAGAUUCUACGUUUCCCGGCAUUGGAGUUCCUGCUGUUGCUGCAAGUGGAGCCAUUGUUGCUAAUUCUCUCGUUUCGGUUUCUAAACACUCUCAGCUUCUUGAUGCAAUCGGUAUAUAAAACGAUCAUUAAAUUUUGAUUAUUUAUAAAUUUUCUCAACUAUUUAUAGUAAAUGUAUUAUCCAUAGGCAGACAGGGUCUAACAGUAAAGAGAAUGUGUAUAGCAAUGCAUAAUAUCUAAUUGUUGAAUCUAUAUCUUGAAACCAAAUUAAACACUCUUUCAUAUAUUGGUUUAGAAUGAUUACAAUGUAUUGAGUUACAAAGUGAUGGAAUGAGCUCUAUUUAUAGAUUAUAAGCUCAGAGUUAAAGGGAAGAAAAGAGAACAUAAUCUAUGCUAAGAUAUGUACAUAACCUUGCAAAACUUUCUAACUAUUACUGAUUAUAUAUUGAUGAAGG